AUGAGUUCCUCAAGGAUAAUGGACCCUAAGCUGCGAGAUACUGAAGGAGAUGGAGAGGACAAUUCAGGAAAGAAAAAAUCGAAGUUCAAAUCUUUCAAAAAGUUUUUUGGUAAAAAGAAAAGGAAAGAGGCAUCAUCUUCUGGGAGCAGCAAUCUGAAGUUGUGCCAAUCCACAAGUGAUGUCGCAGCUUCUCAUGAGAUGCACAUUAGUUAUGAUUCUGAAGAUGAACUUGAGACACACAAAGGCAUUAUGGGAAGCAGAGCUUUGUCACACGAUAGCAUUUUCAUCCUUGAGACUGGGCAAGAGCCUGCAAGGCCAGUAAGAGUCUUUUCUCAAGAAAACAUUUCUGAUCGGAUUAGAGCUUUACAGCUGAAACUGCAGCCUACCAUAAAAUUGGGACCUCCACCUCCCUUUGGACUUCGUGCAAAGCGAACAGAGGAUGCUGGGACCAGUUCUGAAGAUGAUGGAUUACCCAGGAGCCCUCCAGAAAUGUCUUUGCUCCAUGAAAACCUAAAUUCAGGCACAAGAACAAGAUUCUCUGACUCUCACAAGCACCUUAGCUCUUUGAGUUUAGCUGGAACAGGCAGUGAAGAAGAAGAACAGGUUACACUGAGUCCUUCUUCUAGAUCUCACUCUACAGAUGGUCAGCUAUUCCCUAGGCAUGGAAGUGCCAGAUCUGGAUCUCCCCAGACACCUGACAGUACCAUCUCACCUACAGCCAAUUUUGACACUCCACCUGAGCUUUCUGCUUUCUUGGAUAAUUCUGCUGCAAGACAUAAGCUUUUAAUAAAACCACGGAAGCAGAGGUCCAGGAAAAUCAGAAGAUUUUCUCAGAGGACCCAGUCUGAAUCUCUGACUGAUCUGAGCUGUACCCCAGAAGAAGAAGAAGAGGAAGAAGAAGAGGAUGAUGCUGUGUUCAAACCCAGCAAUCAAGAACUACCAUGUGGCACAGCUGCAACACAGGAUGUGGCUUCCUGGCUGAAGCCCAGAAUGCCUGAGGACCUCCCCUCUGCUUUGAGACCAGUGGUGACUCAGUCUGCUUCUGAGUCUGCUGCUGCACAGGAAGCUCUGCUACCAGAGAAGCAGCCAGAAGACUGCCAACCAGCACUGGAAACAACCUGUGAGGAGGCUGAGUCCUCACUGUUGAUAGAAGGCAAGGAGUCCACAACUGCUUCCCACUCCAGUCCAGACAGACACUCCUCAGAAACACUACUUCUGUUGUCUGGGCAUGUGAGUGAUGUGUCAAUCAAUCCUUUCAAUCAAGAAAAUAAGGAGCUUCCUACUGUGUUUUCAGUAAACAAAACCCCAUCUGAAGAAAAUAUUUCAAUUUGUAAGAGUAGUAUUGUUUGCUUGGGAAGGUCAGAAGAAAAUAUACAGAAGGAUGAGCAGAUACCUGUGGAAAUGCCCUGUAAUAAAGAGGCAAAGAAGGAGGUUACUCUAUUGUCAGAGUCCAGCAAGCAGUUUUUCAUGGGUUCUUCCCAGCUCACAGACUCCUUCCAUGUCUCACAUCCUACUUCCUCAGUGCAAGUGGGAUCACCUACUUUCUGCUCUCUAGAGAAAAUAAAGACUGCAAAAGAGGCAGCUGCUUCUGGGAAGGAGAACAGUCAGUCCCUGGACCACAAGGAGGAACUACUGGGGAAGAAAGCUGAAAAAACAGUCAGUGAAUUCAAUGCCUUCAGAAAGUUUUCUGUUUCCUCUGCACGGGAGAGACCAAGGACCAGGAGCCUACACUUCCCAGAAAGAUCAGAGUUGGAAAGCCCAUUAAAUACUGGAUUCUUCCUGUCCAAAGCAAAGGUCUCCUCAAGAAAUGAGAAGUGGAAGGAAGACUUCCAGAAGGGAUCAGAUCUGGAUGAGGAAAAAAGCAGCAACAAAAAGCAGAGUUUGCUGCCAGAGCCUGACUCUGAGAACACAGGCCAACCUACAGAAAUUUUGGCUGGUCGUGUUUCUCCAGUUGGUGAUGCAGUGCCUAUGCCAAGCAAUACUUUGGUGGUAUCUCAGAAUCAGCCAAGCUGUAAAGAUAAAAAUCCUUUCCAAGUGAAACUUAGAUCCACUUCACUGUCCUUGAAAUACGGAGACGACUCGUCACCAGAAUCAAAAGGGAUUAAAAGAUACAGUGCAGAAUUUAAUUUAGAAAAUGAGGGAUUGACUUCCUUUCUAAAAGGUGAUAAGGCAGAGAUGAAAAAAACAGCCAAUACAAAUAUUGGUGAUUCUUUCAAUGAAAAGAUCAAACCCAAAGCAAAGUCUUCUGAACAGCUUAGCAGCAAACCUCCAUUGCCUAAAAAGCCAACCUUGCAAAAUAUAACCAUUCCAAACACCUCUGCAAACAAGGAGAAGCAGGACAAAGCUAUUCACUCUCCUGAAUCCAGAAAUGAAGACAGAGACUUGGAGAAACAGACAAGUCCUUGUAAAGUGCCUGAGAAAAGUGUGCCUUCCCCCGUGGCUGUUGGAGACUAUGGAAGAGAUCCUGACACUCCUGCAGAACCAGCCUGGAUUUCCAUAGCAAGGCAAAAGCAGUGGGGCAUGCAGCAGGAGAAGGAACUCAACAGAGAAAACCUGGUGGCUCCAGAUGCUAAGGCAGAUGUAGAGAAACAGAAUAAAGAAAAGGAACAAACAGAGGGGUCAGUGAAGCAACAAUGGAGCAAACCUUCACACUUGGCACCUAAAGCUGCUUCUGAGGAGCAGAGGAAAGAGACAAAGUCUGAAGUGAAGGAGUCCCUGCUGAGAACCAAUUCACUGUCACAUUUUCCUGUAGCUCCAGCACCUGCACUGGUGGAUAAGGAGGAAAUAAGCCACUUGAAGAAAAGCAGUAACGUUGCUCCGGAUCAGCCAUCGUGGAUGGAACUGGCCAAAAAGAAAUCUCAAGCUUGGAGUGAUAUGCCACAGAUUAUAAAAUAG